AUGGAGAUUGCAGGGUUUAGGUUAUUAGGGUUUAUAUCUCAUGCUGCUGCUGCUGCUGUACAGCAUGCAUUAGAUAAAUAUGAUGCAGCAAAAGCAGCAGCAGCUGCAGCAGCAGCAGGAACUGGAACAGCAGCAGGAAGUAGUACUUCUACUUCUACUGCAGCAACUGCAGCAGCAGCAGCAGCAGAAAAAGAAGAAACAAGAAAGAUGUUCCUUAAUGUUGGCAGCAGCACAGUUGAUGCUGCUAUUGUCUCAUUUAAGAGCAACAGCAGCAGCAGCAGCAACAGCAGCAGCAGCAAGAGCAGCAAAAGCAGCAGCGCGCAGCAGCAAAAUGUACCACAGGUCACCAUUCUUGGCUGCGGUAGCGUCGCAGCAGGAGGAGGAAGAGCUGUUGAUGUACUUCUUGCAGAGUCUCUACGACGUACAUUUGAGGAGGAGAAUAAAGAAGAUUUAUCGAAUUAUCCUCGUGCAUUGAAGAAGUUGGAGAUUCGUGCAGGAGCAGCAAAGAAGGUAUUAAGCGCGAAUAAGGGUUUAGGGUUUACGAUGGAGGGUUUACAUAAGCAGAAGGAUUUACGUAAACCCUUAACUCGUGAUGAAUUGGAGGGUUUACUAGAGGAGAGUGGUUUGCUGCAGCAUAUUCAUACAGCAGCAGAAGGAGCAAUAGGAUCAGCAGCAGCAGCAGCAGGAACAAGAAAAGAAGAAGAAAUAGAGAAAUUGGAGGCAAUAGAGUUAUUAGGUGGUGGAUGGAGGAUACCUAGGGUUUAUAAAGAAAUACAAACCCUAAAUAAGGGUUUAGGGUUACAAACCCUACUUAAUGCUGAUGAGGCAAUGGCUACUGGUGCUGCAGUUGCUGCAGCAAAUGCAACAGCAGCAUUCCGUGUAAGAAAGUUGCUGCUGCAGGAUGGAUCUCCUUAUACAUAUUCCUUACGUUUCUACGGUCUACAGGGAGAGGAAGAGGACCAGCAGCAGCAGCAGCAGCAGCAGCAGGAGCAGCAGCAGCAGCAGCAGCAGGAAAAAGUAUUAUUAAGACCAUUUAGUAGAUUAGGAGGAAGCAAGAAGGUGCAGGUAAAAGCACAAAAAGAUUUUAAUGUUUUAUUAUUAGAGGAUAAUAAUAUAAUUACUACGCAUUAUAUUUCGGGUGUACAGGCAGCUCUAGAUAAGCAGCAGCAGAAGCUGCAGCAACAGCAGCAACAGCAGCAGCAACAGCAGCAGCAGCAACAGGAGGGGGAGGAAGAGGACGUAUCCAAGGUUGAAUUAAUUUAUACAAUUGAUGCAGCAGGAGUUAUUGAAUUAAAAACAGCAACUCUUGUCUAUGAUCAUUAUACAUAUCCACAAGAUACAGCAGCAGCAGCAGCAGCAACAGCAGCAGCAGCAGAUGGUGCUGCAGCAGAUGCAGCAGCAGCAGGAGAUAAGGAUAAGAAGAAAUGCGACGAUCCUAACGAUCCUGCAUGCGCUACAGACAGCAGCAGCAGCAGCAGCAGCAGCAGCAGCAGCGACAGCAACAGCGAAAGUGACAGCAGCAAAGAAAAAGACAAAGACAAAGACAAAGACAGCAGCAGCAGCAGCAGCAACGAGAAAGACAACAACAACAGCAGCAGCAGCAGCAGCAGCAGCAGCAUUAGCAAGAAGAAGAAGAGAAUAGUAAUUACUUCUCGUUACCCGUUAUCUAUAGAUAAGAAAGAAAGUGUCCCCUUUUCUUUAUCUGCAGCAGGAAGGAGAGAAUUAAAAGAUUUGCUGCUGCAGCAGGAAGCAAAAGAUGCAGAAAGUUUGCUGCUGCAGCAGCAAAUAAAUAAUUACGAAGAAUUAAUCUAUAAAAUAAAAGGAGACAUAAAAGAGGGACAAUUUAAUUUAGUUACUGAGGAGACAGAUAGGGAGCAGCUGCUGCAGCAGCUGCAGCAAGAGGAGGAGUGGGUAUAUGAUGUAUCUGUUGCUGCUGCAGCAGGACCUACUGCAGCAGCAGCAGCAGCAGGAGGUAUUGCUGCACUGCAGCAAAAAUAUACACAAUUAAAGGAGACAGUUAAUCCUAUUUAUAUUAGACAAAAGGAGACACAAGCAAGGGAGACACUUAUACCUAGGACAGAUAAAUUGCUGCAGGAUGCUGCAACAAAAAUUGAUGAUCUUGCUGCUGCUGCUGCUGCUGCUGAAGCUGCUGCUAUUGCUGCUGCUGCAACUGCAGCAGCUGCUGCACCUACACAGCAGCAAAAUGGAGAAAAACAACAAAUAGAUAAACAGCAACAGGAGCAGCAAGAUAUUAUUAAUACAAGAAUAGAUCAUGCAAGGCAGCAGCAGCAGCAGCUGCUGCAGUGGUGGGAAGAUAUCAAGCAGCAGCAGCAGCAAAGAUCCUUGCUGCUGCUGCCUCUCUAUACAGAGGAAGAAGUUAAUAAUAAACUCUUGCUGCUGCAGCAAAAAAUUAAAUCUAUUGAGGAAGCAAUUGCUGCUGCUGCUGCUGCUAAUAAUAAAAAGAAAAAUAAAAAAUUCAAGAAAAAAAAUAAACAGCAGCAGAAGCAGCAGCAGCAGCAGCAGCAGCAGCAGCAGGAAGAGGAGGAGGCAGACAAGAAAGAGAAAGGAGAAGGAGAAACAGAGGAAGACAAGAAGGAGGAACAGCAGCAACAGCAAGAUGACGGAGAAGAGGAACAGCAGCAACAGCAACAACAGGCAGGAGGAGAGGAAGAGGGAGAGCAGCAAGACCAGAAGGAGCAGCAGGAGGAAGAACAGCAGCAGCAGCAGCAGCAGGAAGGAGGAGAGAAGGAGACAGAUGCUGAUGCAGCAGCAGCAGCAGCAGAUAAGGGGACAAAUGAUAAAAGAGAUGAAUUAUAA